CCCGAACCCAGAUGAACCAAUGAACGGGCACCAAUCACCCAACGCGAUCAUGACCACACCCGCUCCCAUCACUUCACUGCUCCCAUUACCAUCGCCGCGCAAAUAUGAUCCGCCAUCUAACCCCCCCACUUAGUCCCUCCAUCUUCCCUCCAUCCAAGACAUCCAUCGCCUCUCCCUUCUCAAUCGCUGCUCCGACUCCAGCUCUCCAUCAUGUCCAUGGCCAUGCCGCCGCAGCCCCAAGUUCGCGCGCAUCCCGGCCCGCAGCAGGCCCAGCAACCGCAACCGCGCCAGGGAAAUGCCACCCGGCCGCCCGGUGAUGCGCAACCAACGCGCGCACCCCAACAUCCCACAGAAAGGCUUCAAGGAAUGGUCAAUUUGAUGCUCGUCCAAACCGGUCGCAUCUUUUCGGACCCUUCCAAGCGACGCGGACACGGCGCAACCGUGACGCGGCAGCAACUCAUGCAGAUUUUCCCCGAGGCGGAAUCGAACUUCCACAAUGCGCUCGAUGAGCUCGAUGCGGACUUGCAGCGGAGCCAGGCCGUGCUGCGGCGCGAUCUGGCGCUGGCGCGAGAGCGGAGGCGGAAGAAGGAGGAGGAGGCCCAGCAGCUCGACCGAAGCGCGAAAGCGAAUGCCGACGUUGAUGCGAAAGUGGUGAAGAAGGAGGACGUCCAGAUGGCCGAUGCGCCUCCCCCAGCGAGCGCGACAACCGGCGAGAAAAAGCCCGAUGCCGUCGCCAACGUCAACGGCGGCGCGGACGCACGCAACAAGGCGAAAGUGCCGGCGGAAAUGCCCACGAAGACGUCACCCAAGGGAUCAUCCACAUCCGCCAUCCCCAAAAACCCCAACCCCACCACCGCCACAACUUCCGCCCCCACCUCCGCCCCAUCACCCAGCAAAGCUGCCUUCGCCUCCAUCGACUUCGAGUCCAUCGACUCCCUCUUCGCCUCCCACCCAGGAAGCCCGUCCGCGCCGCUUCCCGCCGCCUCGCCACAACCUCAUAUUCCCCCCGCGUCUCCCACCGGCAUCCUCGACAACCCCAUGCCCCCCGCGACCGGGGAGGGGAACGAGGAUUCCGUGAUGGGCGGACAGACGUUGGACGAUCUCUUUAACUCGUUGGACGAUCUGAUCGGGGACUCGGGAACGGGCGAGGGAGACGCGGAUGGGGACGUGAAUUUCGAUUUCGACUUUACUUGAGCGGGGGGUGCGGAUGGCACGGGAUUGGUGACCAUCGCAUGGAGGAUACGAUCACCAUCGGGUUGUGGAGCGACAAAAUCGUGGCGUAUACCAGGUUUGUCCCGCGAUCUUACGCACUUAUGAUGAGAGCACUGGGCGUUCGGAUGUCUUUUCUGUCAGGACGGUUUGUUGGAGACAGCCAUUCCCACCAUACCCGUUGUUGACCUUCUCUGGACGUCAUUGUAUGGGUUGGGCAUAGGAGGAUGUUCAUGGAACG